UAAUCUACCGCAGCUUGUGAUUGGUCCGAUUCUGACAGCGCCGUCCUUGAUUGGCCAUUUGGCUUGACGUCUGGAGGUCAUUGAGUUCUGCGCGUGAUUGCAACGCUUGCACGCUAUUGGGUGGCUGUCAUCAUCUAAGCCCUCUGAUUGGCUGCCGGUCUUUUAUUGUAUCCACAGCGGCUCUUGUGUUUGAAUGGGGAAAACCCGGAAGAGGAGCCCGGUGUACGGUGACCACUAGGGGCGCUCUUUGUAGACAGAGUGUAUGGAUCAUGUGCUGCUCUGUCCUGUAUAGAUCGUCACACUGAUGGGAUACGGCCGAUCUGUGCUCCGGGACUCAUAAUGCUGAAGACUCUGACAGGCAGCAGUGUUGGGUAUAAGAGGCUGUCUGACACAGGGAAGAAUGAGAAUCCCGAAUACAAGGUGUCCUUCUUCAGUAGGGUGACCUAUACUUGGUAUAGCAGAAUUAUAAAACUUGGCUAUAAGAAGCCUUUAGAAAGAAACAAUCUCAUUGAGCUGAAUGAAGAUGACUCCUCUUACCGGGUUAUUCCACCAUUUGAAGAAAACUGGAGAAAGGAGAUUUACUCUCAAAGCAGAAAGGAUUCCAGGUCCAGGAAGGCAUCUCUGGUGCGGUCACUGUGGAACACCUUCAAGUACUCGCUCAUCCAAGUGGCCCUCAUGAAAGUAUUCGCUGAUCUCCUGGCAUUUACAAGCCCUCAAAUACUAAAGAAAAUGAUUGCUUUCUGUGAGGACCGCUCGGAGGGAGUCAGGACUGGCUAUCUGCUUGCACUUGCUCUUUUCAUAGUCACCAUUCUGCAGACGUUCAUCCUACAGCUCUACCAGCGUUUUAAUAUGAUGACUGCCAUGAAGAUAAAAACAGGCGUCAUAGGGAUCAUAUAUAAAAAGUCCUUAAAUAUGGCCAAUUCUACACGAAGAAGGUUUACGACGGGCGAGCUGGUAAACUUAAUGUCCUCGGAUGCACAGCAGCUCAUGGACCUGACGGUGAACCUCAACCUGCUGUGGUCGGCUCCAUUCCAGAUCUUCAUGGCUAUCAUCUUCCUGUGGCAGGAGCUUGGGCCGUCGGUUCUGGCCGGAAUGGCUGUGCUUGUCUUAAUUAUACCUUUAAAUGCAUAUAUUGCUGCCAAAGUUAAGCAGUUAAAGAAAAGUCACUUAAAGAGUAAAGAUCAACGCAUCAAACUAUUGAAUGAAAUCUUACAUGGAAUAAAGAUAUUAAAGCUUUACGCGUGGGAACCUUCUUAUCAAAGGAAAGUGGUUGAUAUUCGGGAACGUGAAAUGGAAGUACUAAAAUCUUCAGGUUACCUGACCACCUUCUCAAUGCUGACAUUGACCUGUAUUCCAUUUCUGGUUUCUAUUGCAACAUUUGGAGUAUAUUUCUUAAUGGAUGAAGCCAAUGUCCUCACUGCAUCGAAGGUUUUCACUACAAUAUCCUUAUUUAAUAUCCUGCGUCUGCCAUUGUUUGAUUUGCCCACCGUCAUCUCAUCAGUAGUUCAGACUAGAGUUUCUCUAAAUAGACUUGAACAUUUUCUUUGUGGUGAAGAACUUGACCCUGAAAGUAUUGAAACCAACUAUAAAGGAAGUCACGCAAUUGGAUUCCUUGCUGCAUCCUUUCAAUGGGAAACAAAUGGACCCUCCAUUUUGAAAGACAUUAAUAUUAAGGUUCCUGAAGGCUCAUUGGUUGCUGUUGUUGGCCAAGUUGGAUCUGGAAAGUCGUCUUUACUAUCUGCAAUUCUUGGGGAGAUAAAUAAACUGGAAGGAACAGUUCAGAGAAAUGGCUCAGUGGCUUACUUGUCGCAGCAGGCGUGGAUACAGAAUGCGUUAUUCCAGGAGAACAUUCUCUUUGGUCAGCCAAUGAAUAAGUCCUUAUAUGAGAGAGUUCUGGAAGCGUGUGCUCUGCUGCCGGACCUGGAACUCUUACCACACGGAGACCAAACCGAGAUUGGCGAAAGGGGUGUAAACCUGAGUGGAGGUCAGAAGCAGCGGGUCAGCCUCGCUCGAGCUGUAUAUAAUGAUGCAGACAUUUACCUGCUGGAUGACCCUUUAUCAGCCGUCGAUGUACAUGUGGGAAAGCAUUUGUUUGAUAAAGUCAUUGGACAUAGUGGCCUUUUGAAAAAUAAGACAAGAGUCCUGGUGACGCACAGCCUCACCGUCCUUCCUCAUGUUGAUCUCAUUGUGGUUAUGGAAGAUGGGAGAAUCAGCCAGAUGGGGACUUAUGGGGAACUGGUCUCCAAGCGACAAGACUUUGCUGAUAUGGUCAUAGCAUCUGGGAGAAAGAAAGAAAGCUGCGAUGAGGUGACCUCAAGCAUGCUGAAGGAUGCAGGGAAUGUAAGAAGUCUGAGUAGCCAUCCUAAAGAAGGCAAGCCUCAGAAGGAAAGGAAGCUGUUUGCUACGUUAAGCACUCCUAGGAUUAAUAAAGAGACAGUCGCCACAGGAAAUACGAAGAUGUCAGUGGUGAAGAAGUACCUGAAGGCUUUUGGAUGGUCUUGGGCCUGCUUAACUAUCAUAGCAUAUGUUGGACAAAAUGUAAUGGCCAUAGGACAAAAUGUGUGGCUUAGUAAAUGGACAACUGAGACCAAAGAAGUGAAGGAUCCAACUGAGUGGACAGAACUGAGGGACAAUAGACUCAGCAUCUAUGGAGUGUUAGGAUUGGUGCAAGGCCUCUUUGUCUGUUAUGGGGCCUAUGUGGUCACUAGGGGUACAAUCUGUUCCUCCCGUUCACUACACAACCAGAUGCUGGACAAUAUACUGCACCUACCCCUCCAGUUUUUUGAAACCACUCCGAUGGGCCAAGUACUGAAUCGGUUUACUAAGGAUAUAUAUGUAAUAGACGAGCGUUUCCAUUACUAUUUACGCACCUGGUUAAACUGUAUGUUGGACGUGCUGGGGACCAUUCUGGUUAUUGUAGUUGCCACACCUCUGUUCUCAGUAGCUAUUAUUCCCAUUGGAUUUUCAUACCUUUUGAUCCAGAGAUAUUAUAUUUCUAGUUCACGACAAAUCCGGAGAUUGGAUGGGGCCUCACGUUCUCCCAUCAUCUCUCAAUUCAGUGAGACUUUGCAGGGAGUGUCUACCAUCAGAGCCUUUGGACAUCAAGAGAGGUUCAUUGAUGAGAACAAGAAUGUAAUGGAUGAGAAUUUACUGUGCUACUACAAUAAUGUGAUCUCUAAUCGGUGGCUUGCAGUGAGACUGGAGUUUUUGGGAAAUUUAAUGGUUUUCUUUGCUGCAGCAUUUGCUGUCCAGGCAGGUGACAAGAUGACAUCUGGAAUGGUGGGAUUAUCAGUAACCUAUGCACUGAAUAUCACUCAGACGUUGAAUUUUUGGGUGCGCAAAGCUUGUGAGAUAGAGACGAAUGGAGUGGCGAUAGAACGGGUUUGUGAAUAUGAAGAAAUGGAAAAAGAGGCCCCCUGGAUCCUGCCUAGAAGACCUGUCGCUGAGUGGCCAGACAGGGGAACCAUUGAGUUUACUAACUACAAGGCCCGCUACCGGGAGGACCUAGACUUGGCUAUUCGGGAUAUCACCUUCAAGCUACAUGAAAAAGAAAAGAUCGGUAUUGUUGGAAGAACCGGAGCGGGUAAAUCCACCCUUACAAAUUGUUUGUUCCGCAUUGUUGAGAGAGCAGGAGGAAGGAUCGUGAUUGAUGGAAUUGAUAUUGCUACUAUUGGACUACAUGACCUGAGAAGCAAGCUGAAUAUAAUUCCUCAGGAUCCGGUUUUGUUUUCGGGCACCUUACAGAUGAAUCUGGAUCCAUUAGGGAAACAUUCUGAUGCUGAUCUCUGGGAGGCGCUGGACAUGUGUCAUCUGAAGAACUUUGUGCAGUCUCUUCCUAAGAAACUCUAUCAUGAGAUCUCAGAAGGAGGAGAGAACCUAAGUGUUGGGCAGAGGCAGCUCAUUUGUCUUGCUCGAGCUUUACUUCGAAAAACAAAAAUCCUUGUUUUGGAUGAAGCAACAGCCUCAAUAGACAUGGAGACGGACGGCCUUGUUCAGAGCACUAUUCGGGCAGCGUUCAGUGACUGCACUGUGCUAACCAUAGCUCACAGGCUACAUACCGUCCUGGAUUCUGAAAGGGUGCUUGUUCUCGAUGCUGGCAAAGUUGUAGAGUUUGAUGAACCACAGAGGUUGAUACAGAAGAAAGGAGUCUUCUCUAAAAUGGUGUCAGAAUCUGGUUUACAGUACACGGAGUAAUCUGCAGUAUACAGGAGUGUACUAAGGUCCAUUCAUAUUCCCUACAGUGUAAUCUAGUAUUACAUAAUAGAGUCCAAGUCAGCUAAAGCAAGUGACAUUUUUCCUUAGUUAAUUCAAACAGAGAAAACAGACAUGGUCGCACAUCCACAAUUUGUAUUUUGAUCUACUUGCUUCUCAGCAUAAAUUCAAACACUAACAGGUUGUUAGUAUACAUUUUGAUCAAAAAGUACAAGCCCACUCGCCACGUCAAGCCACCUAUUUAGAGUGGGUCCCUAACGUCCCGAGCAUAAAAUGGCGUAGCACUGGCCGGCGACCACCACCACCGCAACAUCGGUGCCCACAGGGGGAACGACCCACUGGCAGAGCAGCCCCAAUGCCACUCAAACCAGUCCCAGGACCGUGCCUUCCCAUAGACACGGUGCCACGGCAGCAAUGGACGCCGCACUGCACCACACCAGUGUGAACAAGGUGUAAAGCUCACUUAUCAUGUGCUCCCAGUCAGACUGGGAGGCUGCUAGAAAGGAAGGGGCCCUGUGCAGCUUCCUGCCAAUUUAUAUAGGGCUGGACUGAGGGGGCGGGGCAGAGUCCAGACCAAGUGAAAACAACAAAAAAGAGGGGGAUAGAAAACACAAUGUGAAUUCAAAUAGAGAAAAGACAUGGUCGCACAUCCACAAUUUGUAUUUUGAUCUACUUGCUUCUCAGCAUAAAUGUAAACACUAAAAGGUUGCUAGUAUAUAUUUUGAUCUUAGUUACUUUACCCUCUGGGGAAUAGAGGAAAGUUCUUAUUGGGUAAUCCCCAUCACUGAUGUCUAUAUUCCCUACUAGGUAAUGAUGAAUAUCCUCCACCCCCUGUAUGUUUUGAUUCACACUGAAUAUUACCAAGACCUUAUUUAUUAUCACAGUAACUAAACGCUGUCCAGUUUAGUAAUAUAUGGCCAGACAAUAUUACACAAAUCUACCUCAUUCCAGAUUACUAUAAUCACUAAUUAUUUUAUUUAUUUAAAUAAAUAAAAUAAUUCCAGUUGAUUUUUUUAUUACAUUUAUAAAUUUAUACUUGUGUAAUAAUUACAGGUUAUUCUUCAUUAUAUUGUAAAGAGGACCUGUCAAUAAACAACAGCUGUAGUCAUCCAUGUGAAGCUGCCGAUCCACAGAUUACGUUUUUGUUUUUCUAGGCUGUCCUGUUCCAUAACACCAAUCAACCCCUCAUCAGCAUAAACUGACAACUGGGCGGUCACCAGCACUCAGAACUCAACAGGGAGAGCAUUCAGGGUCAUGCCCCCUUGAAAGUCUAUGGAUAUAGUUGAAGUCCGUGGCUUAUUAAGAGGGAAGUCACCACUGGGGCAUGAACCUGAGUGCCCCCUACUUUGAAUUCUCUCUACUAUCCAGGAUCCCAGAGUAUCUGUCUGCUAUAUCUUCCAUCUUCUCCCCCUGUUUUUUUAAAACUUAACAGAGAAAACGAAACUCAUUACCAUUCCCCCAUUUUGGAAGCCAUGCCAACCCCCCCCCCCCCCCCGCUCUAUAAAUUACAGUCAAUGGCUCUGUUCUUUCCCCAGUCCCACAAGUCCGCUGCCUUGGGGUCAAACCGCACAUCCAGACCUUUACCGCCUCUACCUCAAAAAUAUUUCUCGAAUUUGCUCCUCACUCAACUUUGAUACAACAUGCCCUCAUCAUCUCCUGCUUGGACUACUGCAACAUCUUCCUCUGUGGCCUUCCAUCAAACACUUUUGCUCCCCUAAAAUAACGGACAACCGACGGAACCCUAUUCUAAGUCAGUGAGGUCUGUCGGGAACUGUGCUCCGUCCCAUUCGGGCUCCGUUUGGAGGCAAAAAAUAAAUAAAAAGACUAAAACGGACCCUGAACAAGACGAGGCUCAGCAGUGAUUUGAACUUAGCUCUAAACUCUUAAAGGGAUACUCCGCCCCUAGACAUCUUAUCCCCUAUCCAAAGGAUAGGGGAUAAGAUGUCUGAUUGCAGGGGUCCCUUGUGAUGUCACGGCCCGCCCCCUCAAUGCAAGUCUAUGGGAGGGGGCGUGGUAGACUUGCAUUGAGGGGCGGGGCGUGACGUCACAAUGCCCCUCAUGUAAUCUCUGAUCCUCUCAAUACCUCUGCCAGUGCGCUGCCCUUGUCUGCAAGUCACACGACCGCCUCCAACAUUUCUCAUAUGCUUUCCUCAUUCAAUGGGACGCUCUACCUUGACACAUCUGGCUUUGACCCACCAUCAAGACCUUUUAAAGGGGUACUCCACCCCUAGAUAUAUCAUUCCUUAUCCAAAGGAUCGGGGAUAAGAUUUCUGAUCCCGGGGGUCCCGCCGCUGGGGACCCCCC